GCCAAUGCUGGCAUCGUCUUUCUGCUCGAUUGCCUUCGCGUCCUCACAAAACCGAUAAGCUUCAAAGUCGGAAACUGAUUCCGAGGAAAUAUCUCCUGCUUCUGCAUUGCAAACCCAGCUCCCUUCUAGAAGUCCUUAGUUCCUUCGUCGUCUUUAUCACCUGCGUUCUUCGUUGAAUAGCAACUAGUAACCGCUAUAUAUUCUCUUCGCAAAAGAGCAACUACCCCUUCAAGAGCCUACUCUCUUACUCGGUUCGAUGUUGACUCUCGCGGAGCUUCUCGACGCCAUGUCGCCGCCAGAGGCGUCGAACCCGCACGCUACAACGUCAGCGGCCAUACCCGCGAGUCCCGGCGGUAUCCACGCUGGAGGAAAGCCUUGUUUUGCCGCAGAGCGCGGGAAAAUGGAUCAACGCUCGUGGGUUUCCCAGGACGGCGGUUCGGCCUUAACCAAGCAAGCCGACGGAGGCUCGGAAUCUCUAUUGCGCUCAAAGGACCCGUUUUUUCGGCGAGCACCUAAUGCCGUGUUCUCGUCGCAAGAGCGUCGCUCGCCGGGGGAGCGCCGGCCGUCGCAAGAGCCUUGGUCGUCGCAGGAGCUUCUGUCGUCGCUUCGGUCGUCGCAGGAGCUUCACUGGCAGUCGUCGCACUUGCAAUCAAAGGAGAAUUGGGAGUUUCUUCGAGCCGCCUGGAAUCAGCAGCCGCAGCGGCGGAUGUCAUGGCAGCAGCAUUCCCCCGCGGGGCCGCCAUCAUCGCCGCAACAUCCGCCGCAACAUCCGCCGGGGCAUGCGCCGCAACAGCCGCCGCCACGAACGGCGAGCUUGCCGCAAGGACACCAGCGGCGAUCAUGGCACAACACGUCGCUCUCUUCUCCGCUAUCCCCGCCGCAACUGCCGCCGACCGUAGCACGGACACCAAGCCUGCCGCAUCGGCGCGAGGAGGCUUGGGCGCAGCAAUGCCACGUGGCGCAACCAAUGCCUCACGCGCAGAGCAGACAUCAUGCUGACGUGUCGCUCGUCGGACUACCGGAGUACGCCUACCAUCCGCGUCGGCGCCCCGCGCAGCUGACGACGACGGAGGGCGCGCCACGUCAGCUUUUCAUGAGAGAGGCCGACAGCAUUCCACCGAACCCCGUAUUUUCAGGGGGGAAAAGCGCGGCGAAGGAGGGUUUCGCGGAGAAGUCGCCGAAGACUACUACUCCUAAUGGAGCUCCUACGGCUUUAACUUCAAGUUGCGCCGACGCGGACGAAGCGCGCCGGAUUUCUGCGUUACUCCACGCGUCGAAUCAGGGCGUUAUGGUCCAGCAACGCAUGGCGAUGAGCGGAGUGGAUUCGGAGUCACGAUUUGUCGCACGAGCCCGCGCGGACGCGGCGGCGGAUGCGGCGGCGUCAGCGGGUCGCAUGCAGCAGCUUCAACUCCACGCGGCCGGGGUUUCGCAAGCUGCUGCUGCUUCCAUGAUGACUCCUACUGCUUUAGCGACGACUAAUGAUGCUCCUAGGGUUGAAGGAAACGCGGCCUUCAAGAGCUGGUUUUCGGAAACUCCCGCGUUCCGGAGCCCGCCUGCUGCGACGUCGGGGGAAGGGAAUGGCGACCUCGGAUUUUUGGAUGGUGGUACACUCCGCGCGAGGCCUGGUACACUACUACGCGCAAACGCUGACGCCGCUGACCGUAACGCGUACAACCACAAGCGACCCUGGCGUGUACAUAGUGAAGAUGUGGUGGAAAGUGUUUCGUGCAACCAUUCUCCUCGUUACACUGUAACCUGCCCCGUCGCCUCCUACCCUCCAGCCAGCACCUCUCUUUUUGGCUGUUCCGCUUUUGCGCCAUUCAACAGCCUUUACACGCCGUUUUUCCAGGAGAAGCCUGAUGCAACUGCAGCAGCUUCCACUCCUGCUAUAAGCACUCCAAACCCGCACAAGCACAUCCGGCUGUGCCACGGUGUCGCACCAUCCUCUCCAGCAGCUUUUCCUCAUUCGCCACGUGGAGCUGCUGACCUGGCACGAGCUGAAGUUGCAACUUCAGGGAGAGAGAGCUGUGCGCCUGUCACCACUCCAAACAGCACUGCACCGACUUGCUCCUUUGGCCUACCUGUUCCUGGGGCAAGGGUGGCGCUGAUUGGACCUCCCAUGGACGCUUGGAGCAGCGGUGGAGGUUGGAGGAUGUGUGAUGCUUCUCCUGUGACGAUGCACCUGCAGGCUGAGCAUGGCGGUAUUGGUACAACGAAAAGCCUAUCACCUCUGUUGCCAAAGGAGACAAAACAUGAAGUGGAAGAGGUGGUCGAAGGGAAAGAGGGUCAUGUGGGUGCCAUGGUUGGGUUGGAGGGGCCCAAUGAGGGUGAGAAAGGAUAUGAAUGUGGAGAGGUUUUCGAUGAUGCGGUGGAUGAUGCUCCAAAAGAGCAACAUGAGUGCUUCAAGGAUGGCGAUGAAUUAGUAGAUUUGACUUUGUCACUUGGGGGAAGAUCUUACAUAGAACGUGCAUAGCCUUUGUAUUGGACUGAAGUGUAUUUUCUUACUGCUCAACCAAUUUACGAUA